AUGUCAUUUAUGAAUGUAGAAAAGCGUAUGAGCUAUAUAAUGGCUGAGACUGCUGGGGAUAUUUCUAAUAUAGGUGAAGAUCAGAAUAUUAAAGGUAUAGUAAAGAGACCUGUAUGGGUAACAAGAAAAAUUUUAUUAAAUCCUACUAGUGAAAUGGAAGAUGUAAAUAAUUAUCCAUCUAACCAAUAUUCAAGUACGGCUUAUAAUUGGUUUCAAUUUCUACUAUUAGCACUAUGGUUGCGUUUUCGAAGAAUUCCUGUAUUAGUUACAUUUAUAUCAGUAGCUUUGUCUUUAUUAACUGAGACAAGAUUGGGUAAUUAUCGUUGGGCUAUUUUAGCUCCAUCUAUUUUAUUAACAAUUUUACCUCCUUUUACAGUAGAUUUAUACUUUUAUAUAAGGACUCGUUUAUCUGAUUAUAGAAUAAAUAAUACAUAUUGUUUAGUAUUUAAUUCAAAUAAGAUGGAAUUUAGUUUAUUAAAGUGGGGUAAAUUAAAAGUUGGUGAUAUAGUGUGUGUAUUAGAUGGUGAACAAUUUCCAGCGGAUGUUGUAGUUUUACAGUCUAGUGGUAAGAAAGCUUAUAUUUCAUCAGAAGAUGUAGAUGGCUCUAGAUUAGUUCGUACAUGUGAACCAACAGGUUCUCAAACAGAUUUAGAACGUGCUGUACAUGAAAUAAUAAUUGUUCAGGGGCGUUUAACAUGUAGUAUUCCUUCGGAUGAUAUAUAUAAUUUCGAGGGUUCUUUAAAAUGGGAAGGGAAUCCAAGAGCUACUGCAUUAUCAAUUGAUAAUUUUGCUCAGAUGUUUUCUAGAUUAAGAUUUGCAAGUUGGGUUUUAGCAGUUGUGGUUUAUGCUGGAACAGAUACAAGAAUUGUUUGUAGACAGCAUAGAGUGACCGAUAGAUGGUUACGAUAUUAUUUACAUUUAAAAGUUGAAAAUAUUUCUUCAAUUAUUUGUCUUGGUUUCUUUUGUUUAUUACUUAUUUUUAUUAUAGUAAUUUCCUUUACAAGAGAAUUUUCAAUAUUUGAAAUUUACAUGGAUAAUUUAGUUACGAUUAAUUCCAAUUCAGUUAUAAGGAAUUUUAAUAAGGAUCGUUGGUUUUUACCUUUUGAAUUUGCAGUUAUAUUUCAUUUAGGUGUUCCAAUUACACUAACAGCUAUGACUGAUCUUAUUCGGAUGAUAAGUAUAUUAAGAUUUUCAAGAAAUAAGACUAUAGUAUCUAAUACUAAUGAAGAGAAUUAUAAUUUACAUAAUGCAAUGGCUUUAUCAGUAAAUUCACAGUUACACUAUCCUAAGAUAAAAUCUGAGAAAUCUUGCGAAUUAGUAUAUAAUAAGGAUAUUGAGGAAAUAAAAAAGAUACAAGACAAAAUUGUUAUUACAAACAAUAAACAAAUUACAAAAGAUAAAUAUAAAUCUUUUGAAGUAUAUUCAAAUACAGAAAUUUCUUUAGAAUAUCAAGAUUUGAAAUUAAACUUUGAUAAUAAACAAAACCACUUUAAUACAAUAAGAAAUAAUAAUCUACAAAGAAAAAAGUAUUUAUAUUCAGCACAGAAACAACUUAAUAAUAUGAUACAAAAUACAGAUAUAAAACAUAAUUCAGAAAUUAUACCUCAUUUAGAUAGAAAGCAAAUUACUGAAAAUUAUUUAGAUAAUUCUGAAGAUUUAUUAGAAUCUCAACCGAACAUUAUUGUUAGAACUCCAGAUGACAUUCCAGCAAAACUAUUAGAAAAUAAUAAUGAAAAAUAUAAUACAAUUAUAGAUAAAAAAUUAACACCAGCACAAUCUGUUUCUUCAAAUCCACCUUUACAUAAUAAUAUAACAAUAAACAGCUUUGAAGACUUGGGCCUUAAUAAAAUGGAAUCAAGCAGGGAAUCUGAAAAAAUAAAAGUAUCCUUCCAUAAAUAUGAUUCUCUUGAUUCAUUUGGGCAAGUUGACUUUGCAAUGACAUGUCAGUCUGCAAUAAUGGAAAUACCACCAAUGAAACUUAAAGUAUUAAGCUUAUGUACAGGUGAAUAUUUCAAAUUUUCAAAAACUGGAAAUCUAGAUGUAGCUCCUAAGUUUCCAAUAGUAUCAGGUUCUGUUUGGAAGUUUCAUUCAACUUCAUGGCAUAGACAUGAAGCUUCUAGAUUUUGUAAUGGUUCUCUUAGAGUAGUAAGACCUAAUAUCAAUUUACCAAUUGAAUAUAUUGGCCUAAAACCACCUGAGAAAUUGGAAUUAUACCGUUAUGCUUCUGUUUUACUUUCACUAAGUAGAUUGAGUAUAUUUAAUACAAAUAUAUCUGUUCUAGCUGAUAUUGAGCCUGAUAAUAAAAAUCUUAUUAUUGAAGAAGAUACCAAUAAAAAAUAUUCAUCUUAUCCAAAAGAAAUUCCAUACUUAAGAAAUACAAUAGUUGAAACUCCACCGGAUCUUUGGGUACCAGAGUAUAGAAAACCAUGGCCACCAGUUCCUCAGAUCAAAGUUGAAUCUCAAUUACGGCAAAGAGUCCCUCCAGGGUCAUUAAUUGAUUUAGAAGCACAGUUAGAUAUUACUGUAGGUGGUAUAUCUCAGUAUAGAAAUAUUUCAUCAUCUCAUUUAUGGCAUCCAGCUCUACCAAUUCAUCUAGUUCCUCAUCAUGUGAUUAGAAUGUUAAGUCGCAUUGUGUUUAACAAACGUACUUCAAACUCUUAUAUAUACUCAUCUUCAGGGCAUAGUAGUGAUUCUUUUUGCCAUAGUAUAAGCUCACAUAACACUGAAGAAAACGAUAAUCCUAUAGAGGAUGUUUUAUAUUUACUAUUCAGCAAUAUUGUAGAAUUGACAAGCAGGUUUUACAGUUGGUCUGAUAAAAUAGAAUAUGGUCUAGAGAAUGAGUAUUCAUCUGUUAUAAAGAGAUUAUUACUGGAUUCAGUAGAAUACUCUUUAAGAUCCUCUCUCCGUAAGAAUAAAUUCACAAGAACAGAAAAUAAAGUUGACUUAUUAGGGAAUUCUUCGAUAUCGUCUAAGAAAAAAAGUGACUAUGAAGAUCAAGAAAUUGAUUUUACAAAUAGAUCUGUUCUAACUGAUAUGUUAUAUGCUAUGGCUAUUUGUAAUACAAUUGUUCCACAUUUAAGAGUUAUACAGUCUAAAACUCCGAGAGGUUCAAUUCAUAUACCCUCAGUUAAAACAAUAUGGGACAAGCAAAAUCAAUUUAAACAUAAAACAACUAUCAGAUCCUCUUUUUUAUCUACUUCAUCAAGUAUGAAAAAAAAAAACAGUUUUAAAGAACAAAAAAAAAGGAUUAAUCUUUUAAAUAAUCAUUCUAGAAUAAUAAAUUGCUGGAAAGGAAAAAAAAGUCAAGUAGUUAAUUUUUUUAAGAAUAUACUUAAUAUUCACAAACAAAUACCUUCAGAAAAUAAAUUGUCAUUAAGUUUUGGUACUAAGUUUUCAUCUUCUAGAAAUACAAAUUAUUCAGAAAUUGUACAAACUUUAAAAAUUAGGAAUUCAUUAUCAUCAUCGGGUUUAUCCCCAGGUACUACAGAUUUAAAUAAACUAAAGUCUUCAAGAUCCCUAAGUUCAAAUUAUGAAAUUCUAUCUUCACAAGAUAUUAUCUCAAGAAGAUAUAAUAGGAAUUACGAGAAAUUUCUUAAACAGCGUAGAAUAAGUGGAUUAUAUUUUAUACCUAGAGAAAUAUUACUAAUUAAAGCCUAUUUAACUUAUUCUCGUUAUAUUAAAUAUAUUUCCUCAGAUAGGGAUAUAGGAAAAAACAGAAAACUAAGAGAAAAUAUUGGGUUUACCUUAAAGACAGAUUUUUCUUCACCUAACAAUUCAAAAGUUGCUGUUCCUUUAGGAAAAAGUAAAUCUAGAUCUUCACAUUCAAUUGGAAAAUAUUACUUUAGAAUAAAGCAAAGACGACAGAGAAUAGCGUUAUACAACUCUUAUUUCCCUAGAGCUUAUGUUCAAUAUUCUGGAAUAGAUGAAGAUGACUUAACUAUUGUACAUGCAGCGGCAGGAUGUGGAAUGAGAUUGGUUUUAAUUAACACUCAACAUAUUGUAGUCGAAAGCUUUGGACGCACUAUUUUUGCCUCUUUACUUUAUAGAAGUGAAAAUAAUUUGAAACAAGAAGUUUCAAUGCUUGUUAGAUUUCCUCAUACUCAUAUAGUAACUUUAUAUACUAGAGGAUUAGCAGAGCACAUGUUACCUUUGCUAUCUGCAGAGUUUCUAACAAAUGAAGGGACGGAAUUUGAUUAUGAUGGUAAAGUUGGAGAUAUUGGGAUAAAUAAUUUAAAAUCUGCUAAUAAUUCACCAAUUGAAAGGGCUACAAAUCUUGAGGAACUUAUUUAUAGAAUUAAGAAACUUGAGUACGAAGGAUGCAAAGUUUUCAUCUUUGCUAAAAAAAAUAUAAGCCCAAAACUGGCACAGAGAAUAAGUCUAAGACGUUCUCUAAUAGAAAAUUCUGAUAAUUUUACAUUUAUUUUAGAUAAUUCAGUUGAUGAUUACUUUGAAUCAAUUAAGAUUAAUAUGGAUUAUCUUGGACAUGUUGGAUUAGAGUAUAGAUUGCAAGAUAAAGUUCCAAGAACAAUACAAUCUAUCAUUGACUGUGGUAUUAAACCAUGGUUUUUAUUUCAGCUAUCAUCAACUAAUUCAAUUAAACUACUAUACAAGAUUUUUCCUUUUUAUAAAAAAAUAGCUCUUAUUAGACUCGAUAGGCUGCAGUUGAAUUCUACUCAGAAAUGUAUAACACUACUUUCGACAAUAUUAGAUGAUUUAAAAGCUUUAGAAGAUUAUUUAUAUAAAGGGAGUUAUAAUUCAAUAAGUAGUCCAAACAUUGAAAAAGAUUUACAAAAAAAACAAAAAGCACCAAAUAUACUCUCAAAUUUUGUAUCCUUAUCGACACUUUCUGGAGAGCAAUCUAUUAAUUGGAUUCAAUCUUUAUCAAGCACAAAUGUUGGGCUAUUACAAAAUCCCUUCAUUAAAUCUAUUUGUAAGGGAGGACAUGAAUGGUUAGGAUGGAGUGGUAAUUACCCAGGGAAAGGAAUUACAAAUGUUUUGCCAGGAAUUAUAUUUUCUGCUAGGCAACUGGAUGAAAUCUUCUCUUCUAGAGAUAUGCUUAACUACUUUUUUUCUGUUGUUAUUAUGUGCCCAUUUGUUGUAGUUAGUGAUACAAUGCCUACUCAUAUUGAAUCAAUCUCAACUCAUUUAAGGAAAAAUGUUUUACCACGUCCUGUAAUUAUGGGAAUUUCUGGUAAUACUGGAAAUAUUCCUCUAAUGGCACCUUGCGAUAUAUCUGUGAACAUAACCAAUAACAACAAUAUUUUUAAAAAUACUAAAGCAAAAGCAAGAGCUAAUAGACAAGAUAAUCCUCAUACUUAUAGAAAAGUAAAAAAAGCUAAGAAUAAUAAACCUGAGGAUGAAAAUAAUGGAGUACAUGUAUCUAUUUCAAAUAAUUUAAACGAUGAAAGUGCAAUGUACCUACAGGAUAUGAUAAAAAGAUCACAUACUCAAACCUCAUCUAAAGCUAGAACAUCUUCAAUAGCAGCUAUUUCUGAUGUUUCAAUCACUAAGUUCUAUCAAGUAUUUCCUUUACUCUCUAGGGCUGGAAGAUUGACAUGGUAUAGAACAAACUUAAUUUUAUUCUUCUCACUAUUCAAAACCAUAUAUUUGAUGACUCCACAUGUGGCAUAUCAAUUUUAUUGUCAAUGGUCUGGAACUCCUAUUUACUCUGUCCCCCUGAUAAAUGCAUACUUUUUAGUAUUGACAGUUGUACCUCCAGUUGUGUAUGGAUGCACUGGAGUUGAUGUAUCACCUGAACUUCUAGACUUACCUAUUCUUUACAAUGUUUCAAGAAAUGGAUAUUAUAUAUCUUGGGUAAAUUACAUACAAUCAUUUUUAGAAGGCUUGUUCUUAGGUAUUGUGAGUUUUUAUCUUGGUUUAAUUGUUACAUACUCAAGUCCAUUUUCUUCAGCAAAAUCUACAGGUCUUCCAACAUUAUCUGCAGCUUUAACUCUUUAUAGUGCUUUUGGACCUCUUUUAUCAUUUUUUAUGAAGGUUAAUAGCAUUCCUUGGCCAUUCCUCUUUUUUCUAAUUCUAACACCAUCCACUUUUGUUAUACUACUGGCUUUUAUAAAUACCCAUAACCUUGUACAAUGGUCAGAAAUUUUCUUUACAGGUUUUGAAUUUUUGGGAUCUACUCUAUUUAUUUUAACUCUGCCUCUUUUAUUUAUGUGUAUUGUUAUAUUCAACACUAUCUGGUAUUUAUUAAUAAAUGCAUUUUAUCCUAAUCCAGUUUAUUCUCUUAGAAGCUGGUGGUACAUUCAUGUAAAACAAUCUAGAGAUGUAGCUCUAAAACCUAUUUGGGAAAGUUUUAAGCAAUAUAUUUACAUUAAAAGAUAUUACAAAAGUAUAAAGAGACUCUUGAAAUAUUUCUAUAUUUGGAUUUUCUAUUCGAUUAAAAUAUUUAAACGGACUUGGAAUAUUGGGUUUGAUGAAAAAGAUUCUCCAAAUACGAGAGAAUUAAUUCAUUAUAAUAUGAUACCAGUACUUGUGGACACCAAAAAUGAUUUUUAUCCUUUAAAUUCUCAGACAAAAGGUCAGUCUAAAAUAGCUAAAUCAUUCUUAGAUGAGAAAGCUUCUGCUACGCAAACCUCUUCCCAGAGUUUAGUAUCUAAUACUAUUUCAUAUUUCAAUAAACUCUCCUUUGUUGACCAAUAUUAUUCAGCCUUUAAUAGAGAAUUAAGUAAAUCGGAAAAAUUUCCAAUGAAUUAUUUAAAUCCAAAACUUGAUUUAGGAACAAGUAACUUAGAAUCAUUAAAUUAUUUUUUACAAAAACAAUUAAUUGGUAAGGAUAAACUUUUUAAUGUGUUAAUAAUUAACUACUUAGAAGGUGAUAAUUUAGUAUAUUAUUUGGAUUCAUUUACUGAAUGGCUUAACCAUGUAGCUUAUUAUAGUAGGUUAAUAUGGCAUCCCAAGCAACCUUAUAUUUCAAUUUACAAUAAGCCCCUCAAACAUAUGAGAAUUAAAGGUAUGAAAUCUUUACAAUUUAUUCAAUAUCUCAGAAACUUAGCAGGAAAAAACAAGGAAGAUUUUCGUGGAGCAAUUGUUGAAUUUGGUUUAUCACUAAUUAAGGAUUAUAAAUUCAUUGGAAAUGAAAGUGGUACUUCUGCAGGUCAUUCUACAUCUAACUUUGAAAGUAAAUUAUUAUAUAAUGGAAUAAAUACAAGCACUGCAGGAAUCUCAAACUAUGGAGGAAUUGCAGCUUUAUCCCAAGAAAUUAAUAAAUUAUUAAACCCAUACAAAUUAACUUUUAAAAUUAAUCAAAUAGAAAUGCAAUACCAAAUCGAACGAAAAUUAGAGACACAUAAAUACCGGUAUACAUUCAGAGCUGUUCUAUUGGUUUUAUCUGGAUUAUUUUUAUCUUUAGCACCUGCUGCUAUAAAUUUAUGGGAAUAUAGUCAUAAAUGGGUUGGUUUACUUCUAUUAAUAUUUUGCCUGUCAUUGUCAAUCCAAUUUGCUUUAAGUUACACAAGUGCUAAAAGCAAUUUAUUAUUUAAUUCUCAACUUCCAAUUUUAAUUAUAAUAUCAGUUAGCUCUAUAAUAGCAAGCUGUCAUGGAUUCUCAUUAGCUGUAAUAUACCCGAUUCUAUCAUUUAUUAUAUUUCGCCUUGGUUUUAUACCAGGAGUUUAUAUCACAAUCAUUGGGUUUAUAAGUGUGGUUCUUAGUCAACUUAUAUGGUUUGUUUCAUCCUUUAACUGGCUUAGAUUUCUUCCAAUCCUGUUGGGAAUAAACUCAUUCUGCGGUUUCCUUGGAUAUAGAUCUGAAUUACUAUAUAGAACUCAAUUCUUACUUUUAUAUCAUACAAAUGACUUGAGACAAAGACAAAGACAAAUUCUCGAUACUAUGCUCCCAUCUUUUAUUGUUGACAGAUUACUUAAUAUCCAGGGCUUUGCUAAUACUGUAACUGCCGAAGAUAGGGGUAUUGUAUCUGUUUUAUUUUGUGAUAUAUAUGAUUUCCAUACUGUAGUUGCAGUAUUACCUCCAAAGAAGCUUAUAUAUUUGUUAGACAAAUUCUUCUUAUCUUUGGAUUGUCUUACUGAGGAAUAUAAUUGUACUAAGAUUGAAACAGUAUUUGAAACUUACCUAGUUGCAUCUUGCUUGAACCCAACACACAACACUACUGGAUGCAAUAGGCACUCUGCUAUGAAUGACUUAUUCAAUCUUUUUAAAUUAGCUCUACAAAUGCAUAAACAAGCAUCCCUAAUAUUCUAUGAAAUUUCAUCAAUGAACUUUAUUAUUCCCGAACUGGAUACAUUUAAACAAAAUCAAUCUAAUCAAUUUAAUUCUACUGUAUCUGAAAAUUAUCGAUCAAUAAAUAUUAAUGAUAUUGUAAAUCUAACUUUAAAUAAUAAAGGAAAUCCUUGCAUAAUUUCAGGUACUGGUAUAAAUUUACAACAACUAAAAUUAAAAAUAGGAAUCCAUUCAGGAAGAGUAAUAUCAGGUAUUGUAGGUACAAAUAAACCUCAAUAUGCACUAUUUGGUGAUACAGUUAAUACAGCUAGUAGAAUGAAGUCAUCUUGUGAAUUUGGAAAAAUACAAGUUACAUCAACAACUUAUGAGUUUUUAAGGCAUAUUCCACAAUUAAAAUGGAAAUAUAAACGUAUAUUUGUAAAAGGAAAAGGGUUCAUGGACACAUUUGUUCUUAAUCGUGUUAUUGGCUCUGCAUAUCCAAAUUAUACUAUAAUAUCACGUAGAACACUUCGGGGAAAAGGAGUAAACUCUAUUCAAGUUGGUGAAUACUCUAUUAAACUCUAUCCAGAUGCAGACUUGUUGAAUCUCUAUUCGACUACAAGAAAUGAAACAAUUUAUAACUCCAACUCUGUUAUUAAGACUCCAGAUUCUGAUAUAAGUGCUGUUAUAACAAAAUCACCUGAAUUAUCUGUAUCAGCUUCUCUUGAGUCUAUUAAUCCUCCUUUAGAUCAUCAUGAAUCCAUAAAUCCAAUUCAAAACCAUUUUUCACUUGCUGAAAACAUAUCAUCAAAUCCAUCACUGAAUACUUUAGAUGAUAUCUUACAAAAUUCAAAUCAAGAUCUAAAAGAAAAAGAGAAAAAUGAGGUAUCAAGCUUAGUUCUUAAUAUUAAAAAUCAUUUCACACAUUUUGAAAAUAUUGUUAAGCAUUUUUCUCAAAAACAUUUAAACAACUGUAAUAAUCAUCAUGAUAAUUAUAAUCACAAAAAUGGUGAUACUGGGCAAAAUUUGACAAGGAAUUCACAUUUAUAUACUGUUAGCAGCAACUUUCAUGAUUACUCUGAUGUUCAAUCACAAUGUAAUUUGGGAGCUAAAUACGAUGAUUAUAAUAUUGAACAUCAGCAACUACAUGAACAUAGUGUUGAUUCAGAAAAUUAUGACAUUAAUAUUGAAAGUUCUAGUGAAAGUGAUUAUAAUUUUCAUUCUUCACAAAAUUCAUUAUAUUCUUCAUCUAAUUCAACUGGUAUAACUGGGGAAGCUAUAUCUAAUUUAAUGUCAAUAAAUCUAUGCUUUAAAGAUAGCUUAAUUGAGCAGAGAUAUCUUAUUACUUACUAUUCUAAUUUAACAACUUUACGUACUAUUGAAGAAAGUUUGGUUAUAGUUGUUGUAACUCUAGUCUUACAAACUUUAAUAUUUACUAUAGUACCUUGUGGAGAAAUAACUGAGUUGGAAAGUGCUGGAUUUAGAGUACUAUGGACUGUUAGAUCUUUUUAUAUUGCAUCUAUAUUCCUCUCAUGGCUUGUUUUAUUUAGCAGCUCCUUGAAUUACCAAGAGCAAAACCUUCAACUUAAAAAGCAAUCAAUAUUAAAUUCAGACUAUAUAGACUCAGAAGCUGAUAUUUUCUAUACUAGUACUAAAAACAUCGGUGGACCUAUUUUAUUUCUUAAUGCAGUUUUAGCAGGAGGUGCAUCGAUGCUGAUGUUAACAAUAUUAUGGCAAUAUGCAACUGUAGAAAGUUCAAGAGUCUUAUGGCAUGAUGAAGGAGUAAUUGAAUUACUUUUAUUAACUACAGUUUAUCAUAAUGCUGGUCUUCUAUUUCGAUAUAUUAUAUUAUUUGAUACAUUGAUAAUAUUUUUCUUGAUUAUAAUAUUUAUAGCAGGAAGUAGUAACAUGAAUUGGCAAGGAAUGAUUAUAUAUUGUGUAAGUCUAUGCAUUAAUAUCAUUGCAUCAUAUACACGUGAAAAAACCGGUCGUACUAUAUUUUAUACUACAGUUGAAGCAGAAUACUGCGAACAGAAAACAGAGGAGUUACUAGUUGCAAUGCUUCCUAGAAGAGUACUAAUUGAUAUCCAAGAAGAUUGUUUAAAGUUAGUAUAUGUGCAUAAAAAUGUAACAUUUCUUUUUUCAGAUAUAUGUGGUUUUACUCAUUGGGCUAUGUCUGUUGAAGCUGAACGUGUAGUACUAGUACUAAGUAACUUAUAUGCUCAAUUUGAUCAGGCAACAGCUAAAUUUGGAUUAUUUAAACUAUUCACUAUUGGUGAUGCUUAUGUUGCAAUGAGUGAGCCAGAUCCUUCCUUAGAUGUACAAUCUAACUCAACAUUUCAGCAUAAAUCUAGUAGUUCAAAUAUAUCUAAUAAACAAACUCCAUCAAAUUGUUCCAAACCUCUAUUAUAUCAAAAUAAUACAUUACCUACAUAUAUUGAUGGAUAUACUCCUGCAGAAGGAGCUAAACGAACCAUAGCUAUGGCUUUAUCUAUGUUAAAACAAAUAAGUUUAGUUAGAGAACAGCUUCAAAUACCAGAUUUAAAUAUGAGAAUUGGUCUCCAUUUUGGAAGUUGUAUUGGGGGAAUAGUUGGAAGUAGCCGAUUGAGGUAUGAAAUUUGGGGUCAUGAUGUUAUUAUUGGAAAUCGUAUAGAAUCAUGUGGUAUUCCUGGUUGUAUUACCAUAUCUGGAAAAUUACAUCAAUUACUAAAUAAGUAUUGUUCUAAUUUAUUCAAAUUUACUUAUGUUGGAAAUGUAACUAUAAGAAAACAUCAAAUAUCAAUGUUUAAAGUGAAAAUCAAGAAAAAUGUCAAACUACAAAUUGAUAAAGUUACUAACUCUGAAAGUAUUACAUCUAAUAUAAAAAGGAAUAUACUAUCUUUUAGACCAAAAAGAACUUAUAUGCAACAGCUACUGAAUAAAGAAUAA